CCCCGUGGGGCUUUCAUUAUCGAGUACGUCGGUGAAAUACUGUACGAGAGCGACGCCAUUGAACGCGCCAGCCGACGGUAUCAAGCAGCCUUCCGCACCCUGGCUGACUGGAAUGGAGGAACGAAAGUAUACGUUGACGCGCUGUCGUGCGGCAAUGAGAGUCGGUUUAUUAACCACUCUUGUGAACCGAAUUGCGUAAUGAACGAGUUCAACUGGACGAACACGACCCGCCUCGGGAUAUUUGCGGCGGCCGAGAUACCUCCUCUUCAGGAACUCACCUUCCGAUACAGCGCUCGCAACCGAGAACUCUUCAAUUGCCAGUGCCUUGCUCACGCUGCGGCUUCUUAA